UAAUACUUCUACGUACGCUGGCAACAUCGGCCUUUGAAGGUCAAUAUUUGACAAAUGGCCGUGCAAGACAAUCUGUCACUUUCUUUUCGAAGGAAUAAACAUUACGAGCCGUUUAUAUUUUUAUAUUAAACAAUGGAUGAAAUAUGUAGAUUAUGCUGCUCUACAAAAUUCGUAAACAAUCAUUUAUUUGACGAGGAAAACGCUUUGUACUUAAAAAUGUCUCUUUUCUUGCCGAUAAAGGUGGUGCGGAGCGAUCGGCUGCCGCAGCGGGUGUGCGACCGCUGCAGCUGCAGGGUCAACGACCUGUACCAGUUCUGCAAUGAGACAAUCGAGGUGCAGCAUAGGCUGCGCGCCAUCUUGCAGUCCUCUGGUCUACCAGUGGAUGACAUUGACCUGACGCUCGGCAAGGACAGCCCUCGCUGCGAGGCAUCCACGCAGACCGAGCCCCUCCCCCCACCGCCGCAAACACCCCUCAACCCCCCCGUCAAAAGGGAGCCAGAGUUGGAAACGCAAGUAAAGGUAGAAGUAGAUGAUCAUGUGUACGAGGACGGCGCGUGCGUGCCCUCAGACAACAGCGACGACUUGUCUCUAGUCAACCUGAAGAAGAAGAAAAAAGUUAAGCAGGAGGUCCAAGGCGCGGAGAAACGGGGGCGGAAAAGGAAAAAACAACUGAAGGAAUGGAACCUGCUGAUGGGCCAGCUGCCUGAGCUGCCACCGGAGCUCUCCCUAGAGCCGGUGGUGGUGAAACAGGAGCCAGAGGAUAUACCAGGAGAUGUGGUGGUCAAGCGUGAACCGGACGACGACAAGUUCGACUGCUGCAUCUGCUUCGCGCAGUGCUGCAGUCGCGGGGAGAUGCUGCAACAUUACAGGCAGCACGGCGCGGCGGCGAGCCUGGAGGCGCCCGCCCCCGCCCCGCCCGCCCCGCCCCCCGCACCCCCCGCGCCCAACACGAGCCCGCUGCGGUGUCCCCGGUGCUCCAAGAUAAUGGAGGCGGACGCCUGGGCGGCGCACUGGCUGCGGCACUGGGAGCGCGACCGCCGCCCCUACCGCUGCGCGCGCUGCGAGAAGACCUUCCGCGACCACCACCAGAUACUCAAACACGGGCUCACGCACAAGGGCGAGGCGGAGGGCGCGACGCCGGGGAAGCGCUUCGUGUGCGAUCUGUGCCCCGAGGGCUUCGUCUAUAUGAGGUACCUGCUGGCGCACCGCACGCGCGCGCACCCGGAGGCGGCGGCGCGCGCGCUGGCGCUGCGCUGCGCGACGUGCGCGCGCGAGUUCGCGCACCUCAACUCCCUGCGCAGACAUCUGCGCGCGCACAGCGGGGAGAGGAACUUCCUGUGCUCCGUGUGCGGGAAGGCGCUCUCCUCCAGGGAGCAUCUCAAGUUCCAUCUCCGGAUACAUGCGGGGUACAAGCCCAACGUGUGCGGGACCUGUGGCAAGGGUUUUGUAAAGAAAUGCAACUUGACUCUACACGAACGCGUGCACUCCGGUGAAAAACCUCAUGUAUGCAGUCACUGCGGGAAGGCGUUCAGUCAGCGCUCCACACUCGUCAUACACGAACGAUAUCACAGCGGCGCGCGGCCCUACUCGUGCGCGCUGUGCGGCCGCGGCUUCGUGGCCAAGGGGCUGCUCUCCAUGCAUCUCAAGACCACCUGCAUCUAGCACGAGCGACACGCCACACGCCACACGACACACGCCACACGCCGCACGCCACACGCCACACGACACGCCAUCUGACGGCGAUUAGGCCAAGAUGAGCUGACUGAAAAAAACUAGACACCAAAGAUACAUUGAUUAACAUGUGUAAAAUCUAAGACAAUUUCGUGCUUCGAAUUUGACAGGUAAUCGAGAUGGCGCUCUACAGUCAGCAACAGAAGUAGCUAGGCUGGCGAGGUGUUCAAAAUUACCCCUACACGCUCUUAUUAUCUUAACAAUAAAGUCGCGUCGAGAUCAUUUUGAACACCUCGCCCGCUUAACAACUAUUGCUGCUCACAGUACUCUGAUUGGCAAAAGUUGGCGUUUGACUUAAGUGACCACAAAACAUAUGACGCAGUACAGCGCCAUCUGUUUGAUUGUCAAAAGUUGGAAUUUGACUUAAGUGACCACAAAACAUAUGACGCAGUACAGCGCCAUCUGUUUGAUUGUCAAAAGUUGGAGUUUGACUUAAGUGACCACAAAACAUAUGACGCAGUACAGCGCCAUCUGUUUGAUUGUCAAAAGUUGGAGUUUGACUUAAGUGACCACAAAACAUAUGACGCAGUACAGCGCCAUCUUUUUGAUUGUCAAAAGUUGGAGUUUGACUUAAGUGACCACAAAACAUAUGACGCAGUACAGCGCCAUCUGUUUGAUUGUCAAAAGUUGGAGUUUGACUUAAGUGACCACAAAACAUAUGACGCAGUACAGCGCCAUCUGUUUGAUUGUCAAAAGUUGGAGUUUGACUUAAGUGACCACAAAACAUAUGACGCAGUACAGCGCCAUCUGUUUGAUUGUCAAAAGUUGGAGUUUGACUUAAGUGACCAUAAAACAUAUGACGCAGUACAGCGCCAUCUAUUUUGGAUGUCAAACUAGGGGGACACACACUUUUUUUCUUAGACUUUACGUAUUUGUAGUAGAGUCAGCAAUCUGACUGUCAUUCUAAUAAGAUAUAAAACAGGUAUUUCGCCUCUAUUUUAUGUAUUCACUAAGGUGGGUAAACAACAAGGACGAAAUGGACAAAUUCACACUCUUCUGGUAAGCUUCAGUUAGUUAUGACGAUUGGACCGGUGUUACAAAAGGUCGCAAGUUCAAAUCUUGCCAGAAGCGGUAAUAUUUUCCAUUUUCCUUUAAUUAAAAAAAUAUAUAACUGAGUUUAGGCGUGGGUCUCCAUGUGACUGGUAUAUCUCAGUUUGUAUAAUAUUUUCUAUGUUUUUGGUAUGAUGGUUCCAAAGCUGUGUGUGGCUAUAUAUUAAUAUUAACAAUGAUGUAGUGUGUAAGUGUGUCAAUACAUAUCAAUCUUGUAUUAAUUUAACUGCACGCUGAAAAUAAAGAGUUAAUAAAUCCUUUUACACGGAAUGAAAUAAACCCAAUUUUAAUAUUUUCGAUACGUGUUGUCACAAUGAGCCUCAUGCAUGAAGUUUAUAUUUGAACGAAAUAUGUUUUAUUCGGAUGUUUGUUACAAAUGCAUUUCAGUUUUUAAAUUACCAUUUAAUCACUUAAAAUUAUAAAUAAAAAGUACAAAAAUUUGCCCGCGACAAGCUAGUGAGCGAAACGCUCGAAACGCCACGUGACGUCACGCGUUCGACAGAUUAGUGUCAUUAGUAGCAAACGUCAGUUGGGCCGCCCAACGUGUGACGUCAUCACGCUCUGUCGAAUUCGCGCCAAAAAUUAUGAGCGUUUCAACCGCUCAAAAAUUUUCAACAUUUUAAAUAUUUUUUAAUAAAAUAAUGUUAAGGUUUACAAAAGUAUUUUUAUCAUUUCCGGUGUUCCAACGAUAUAAAUUAUGAAUCCAAAAAUAAAAAUAAAUUCAUGCAUGGAGCUAAUUCUGACAAUGUUCCUUGAGGUACUUAUAAAAGAUAAAAGUACCCGCAAACUAUGGAAUCUACAGACAGAACAAUUUGUUGGAGUAACCAACGGAAAUCACAAAAUACUAUAGACUAAUCAUUGAGUUGAGAAUCAACGUAGUACCGUCAACCGGGGCGAAUAGGGAUGGCUGGGGUGAAUAGGGACAACACUUAAAAUGGGGUUAAUCACAAUAACACUAAUGUAACUAGUAAGCUAAUUAGUUUGACAUAUUUUAUUACAACAAUUGCAUUGCUCAGUUCAACCACAAUUGUUGAGUCUGUAGAUUCGUUUAAUUCAAUUCAAUUUCAAUUGUAAUUUUUUUUUUAAUUAUCGGAACCGUUUGUUACGUUGAUAUUUCACCUGGUCAAUUUCUUGGUCAAGUGUGCAUUGCAUCUCACUCUCUCACUAAGCAAAAUGUGAGACGCAAAUACACGUUGGACAAAAAUAUUGGACAGAUGCAAUACCACCCUUAGGUUUAGAUAAGAUGAAAAAAUUAGCUAACGGUCCAAAAGUGAACACUAGUCUGGCUUUUCGUUUGCAAUUGGUUACACUGUGAAACCAAUCGCAAACGAAUAAUAAGUGAAACUUUCACUUAUAUUUCUUAUCAUGUGAAACUUCCACACUGCUACACUGUGAGACUGCCUCCGGAGUCUGUAAUUUGCUGUACAAAAAAGUCUGCCGAUUUUUGCGGGGGAUGGGAACGUCAAAUGUAUACGUAACGUAAAAAUAGCCAUGUCAGAUAAACUUCAGUCCAUACAUUGUGUAUGACCAUUGGCCGACUAUUUUCGACAGAGGGGAAUGCCUGUUAAUGGCUACUCCGUUUGGUUAUAUACUCCUAGCUUUCACAUGAUAAGAAAAAUAAGUAAAAUAACUCGACACGUAAAACUACAUGUUUGAAUGUAAAUUGAUGAAUGAAUUCAUUCAAUGAAUGAUAAUGUUAAUAAUACAACUAAAACUGAAUAUGGUUUUGUAAAUACUGUAAAAACUUAUUGUGAUAUUACGAUUUUUAUGUAUAACGUGACGUUUUCAAGCAAAAGGUACCACAU